AUGAUUGAAUUAUCACGUUUACCACAUGAUUUUAUAAUUCCAAAAAUUCGUAAUAAUUUUAGGCGCCAAUUUCUUAAUCCGGAUAAUAUUUAUUCAUAUUCGCCUGAACUUUCAAUGGAUAUAUAUGAUAAAAAACAUACAGUUAAAGCAUUACAUAUGCCAGAGUAUCGUCCAGCAGGUGAAACUAUGAAACGAACAGAAGAAUAUUGUAGAAAUGCAAGUAAUCAAUGUUUAUUAAGUGGCGAUGCUAGUCAAGUACAUUUAGUAAAUAUAACUGAUAAUAAUAUAUCAAUAUUCGUAAAACAAAAUGAAAUUCGAUUUGAUCAAAAGUAA